AUGGCCACGGUCGACGUCGAGAUGUCUCCGGCCAUGAAUGGGCACGUUAACGGAAACGGGGACGUGAACGGCAAAGAAGCCUCAGUUCGAUUCACGAGCGGUCUAAUCCUCCCGCCUCCAGAGAUAAAAUCGGUGAUCGACCGCACCGCGCAAUUUGUGGCGCGCUCAGCAAACCCCCCUCAGUUCGAGGACAAAAUUCGAGAGGGUCAACGCUCAGAUCCAAAAUUCUCGUUCCUCAACCCAGCAGACCCGUACCAUGCGUACUACAGACACAGAAUGGAGAAGGUUAUACGAGGGGAGACGUUGGACGACGCACCUCAGGAGAAACCGGAUGAUAAUAGUGCUGCAACGGAGCGCCCUGAGCCAAUAGACAAUGGCGUUGAACCUCCCCCAGCAUACUUCAUAAUGGACCUGCCAAACAUCAGCGCGAUUGACUUGGACGUCAUGAAACUGACUGCGUUGUUCACUGCUCGGCGAGGUAGAAAUUUCCUUGCUUCUCUUUCUGCUCGGGAGGGCAGGAAUUAUCAAUUCGAUUUCCUUCGUCCCACCCACUCAUUGUUUGGCUACUUCAAUCGGUUGGUGGAGCAAUACACAAAGGUUCUCUACCCUGACAAGGAGAUGUUGGAACAGUUGCGCGAACGUUCCGUAGAAGGCGCGCGCUGGAAAAUGCUUGAAGUCGCCCAGCGGCAUGCUAAAUGGGAGCGCAAUAAGAGGGAGCAGGAUAAGAAGCGGCAGGAUGAUCAAGAAGCGGAGAGGAUUGCCUUCGCUGAGAUCGACUGGCACGACUACGCCAUCGUUCAAACCAUCGAGUUCACGAUGGCGGACGCCAACGCUGAGCUACCACCACCAAUGAGCGUACAGGAGGUGGAGAAUAUGACUAUGGCACAGAAGAGGAUGGCGGCCAUGAUCAUGGAGAGCACGGCUGAAGAGGUUGAGGCACAUCGUGCUCGUCAAGCGGCGGCGGAAGCAGAAGCGGCUGCAGCUGUUGGAGGGGCGGGUGUCGGAGCGCAGGACGAUGCAGCUAUGGAGGAAAGCGAUGAUGAGGAGACCGAUGAGCAGAAGGCGAAGAAGAAGCGCGAGGACGAAGAGAGGGCUCGGGAAAUCGAACGUGCUAAGGGUAUCAACCCAGCUGCCCCCAUGAAGAUUCGGACGGACUACGUACCCAAGCUGGGCGCCAAGAACAACAAAGCUGCUGUCACUACUUGUACUCUUUGUGGUCAAGAAAUUCCUGUAGACGAGUAUCAGGAGCACGUACGUAUCGAGUUGCUCGAUUCUAGAUGGAAGGAGCAGCGUGAUGCGCUUGAAGCUCGCAAGGCUCAAGCCUCCGAACUGCAACGUGGAGCCAAUGUUGUAUCCUCAUUGAAGAACCUCGCCCGUACACGUGUGGACAUCUUCGGUGCCGAGGCAGACGAAGAAAGACGGAAGAGGGAGGAAGAGGAAGAACGCGAGAGGCGCAAGGAACGAGAGAAGGUGGUCUGGGAUGGUCACACUGCGUCGAAAGCAAACACUUUGGACAAAUUCUCGACCAACGUCAACUUCGACGAGCAGAUUGCAGCUAUUCAUCGAGCUAAAGGUCUCGGCCCGCAAGAAAUGAAUGCGAUCGGUCCUGGGAUAGGACCUGCAGCUGUUCCACCGUCAUUAAGCGGGCUGCCACCUGCACCUGCUUCACUACCUGCGCCCCCUCAAGCAGCAUCAGCCAACAACCCCGCUUACACCGCUGCGACCGUAUCAUCAGGUCCACAACCUGCGUCACUAUUUCCCACACAACCUCCCCCAGUCAUGCUUCCUCCUCUGCACUACCAGGGCCUGGAUGCGGCGCAGCCAUUUGGAUAUCAACCACCUCCUGUUAUGGCUCCUGGCAUGAGGAUGGGUCCGCCAAUGACUGGAAUGGUACGGUCCGCGGAUGAAAUGGAAAGUGGUAAUCCAGACGACAUACCUCCUGCUAAAAGACAACGUGUUGCCAAAUUACCGGGUGGUGCGCUGUAUCCUGAAGCAGAUUGGAUUGCCAUGCACCCUCAUCCCAUUUCACUCAAGGUGCAGCUACCGAAAGACGACAGCAAGCCCGAAUGGAAGAUGGACGGCAGCGUGAUCACCAUUCAAGAUCUGCCGUUGAAUCUAUAUGUGUCUACCUUGCGUGACAGAAUCCUGCAGAAUACCGGCAGUGCGGUGCCUGUAUCAAGAAUUCGGCUGUCGUAUGCUGGGAAGAUGUUGACGAACUCUACCACCAUUGCUAGCCAUAACCUAGAGGAUGAGGAUCUUUUGGUAUUCAGUAUCAGGGACGCAAAAAAGAAGUAA